CUCCUCGAUCUGUGCUGACUUGCCGAGCUCCGGCCCAGCAACUGUAAUCAGACCCGUCCCGACCUGCCUCGCAACGGCCUCUACCUCGCAACGCCAGCGCCAUGUUUCCGCACCUGGAUAACCUCAUUAUUCUGAUCUCCCUGGGCCUGUUCGCCACCUUCUACCAAUGUCUGACGACACUCGAGCCUACUCCGCUCGACCCCCUCAUCGAUUUGAUGGGAUACACCAAGGGCCCCCAGAAGAGCGAGUUCCGCAACUGGCUGCUCAACCCCAUUCUCAAGCAAGUCGGUCUUCCCGAGUUUGAGGACCCGGUUGCCCCUCUGGUUGGCAAGCCCUUCCAUCGCGCCGGUCCAGCCCACUCGGGCAACACCUUCGGCCCUGAGAUCUGGUACGACUGGCACACCAUCGAAGGAGCCUUCGGCAUCAAGCUCAGGAAUCGAUACGUCUUUGAGAGCGACGAAGUCGAAGCUGCCAUCAAGACCCACGACCCAAAGAAGGACCAUAUCUACCUGUACGAUCCUACCAAGGUUGAUGCCAUGAGCGCAAAGGCCCACGACUUUAUCGACACCUGGAACCCUGCCGUCGACACGCGCUUCAUCGUCAAGCCGGCCCCACACGACAGAGGCUUUGGCCUGUUUGCGGCCACCAACAUUUCUCGAUACGACGUCCUUGCCGCCCACACCGGCUAUCUCCGAGCAAACGUGGACUUCCCCAGUAUUACUCCCGGCAACGCUGCAUACUUUUCAGAGCUCAAGACCGCCACUGGCGAGUCGCUCCAUCUUCAGGUGUCGUUUGAGUCGUACGCCAGCUGGAGUGCCUGGAUUCUUCCGUACUAUGAAGCCAAUGCCCAUCGACAAUACGUGCUCUACAACAACGCCUGGUACAUUAUCUACUACGCUCUCGAGGACAUCCCUGAGGGUCGCGAGAUCACCAUUGCCGAUUUCCACCUGCGCUCCGGCGAUUCGGAUAAGAAGAAGUAUGUCAAGCCGCUCGGAGGCGAGCAGUGGGGUGCCCGCAUGGAGCUCUGAUGGCGAUUCAGAACCGGCCUCGCCCACGGCAGCGCCAGCCCUGCGCACAUCCAGCCGGCGCAAUACCCUUCGUUGUCGCUGGCAUCAAUCUGUACAUCCUAUAGUCCCUGGGCAUAAGUCUGCACGGCGCAACUGUGCCCAUCGCUGGCCGUUCUCUUGGGGAACUCUGUCGUUCUCGACUGUCUUUCCAAUGCAACCAGGCUAGUCAGUCUCCGUGGUAGCGGGCGCUUAUUUCUGGUUCCUCAAUACAUAUGCCUGCCUCCACAUUCA